AUCGGCAUAUCAGCCAUGCACAUGCAACUUCUACGUAACAACAAGGUCAUCAUCUACGACCGGACCGAUUUCGGCCAAUCAAACAUCUCUCUCCCCGGCGGGAUAUGCCGGGUCGACCCUGCCGAUACCGCCCUACAAGUCGACUGCACCGCCCACUCCGUCCUCUACGACGUCGCAUCCAACACCCUCCGCCCUCUCACAGUCCAAACUGAUUUGUGGUGCUCUUCCGGAGCUGUUCUCCCCAACGGAACCCUAAUCCAAACCGGUGGUUUCAACGAUGGAGAUCAUGUUGUGCGUGUUUUCAGCCCCUGUGUCAACGACAUCUGUGAUUGGAUUGAAUUUCCAAACUAUUUAACCGAACGAAGAUGGUACGCUACCAACCAGCUUUUACCCAAUGGUGAGAUAAUCAUAAUAGGAGGGAGACGACAGUUUAAUUAUGAGUUUUUCCCGAAGAGAAAUAACUCUCUCUUUGAGCUUGAUUUUCUUAGAGAAACUUCAGAUACUGAUGAGAAUAACUUGUACCCUUUUGUCCACUUAUUACCGGACGGAAACUUGUUCAUCUUCGCCAACAUAAGAUCGAUAUUAUUCGACUACAAUCGAAAUAUUGUGAUCAAGGAGUUUCCUCCGAUCCCGAACGGCGAACCACGUAACUAUCCGAGCUCAGGCUCGUCGGUUUUGCUUCCUUUAGACGAGAACAAUGGCUCCGAAAUGGUAGUAGAAAUCAUGAUCUGCGGCGGCGCACCGAGGCAUUCCCAUCGACAAGCCAUGGAAGGACAUUUUGUGGAGGCGCUGAGUAGUUGUGGAAGACUAAGACUGAGUGACCAAAACCCUAGAUGGGACGUGGAGUACAUGCCCAUAUCUCGAGUCAUGAGCGAUAUGGUAAUUCUACCCUCCGGUGACGUCAUCAUAAUCAACGGCGCCCAACGAGGCACCGCCGGGUGGGAGGCCGGAGAAGAUCCGGUGACCACGCCAAUCCUUUACAACCCCACCGGCGAGCGUAACCAACGAUUUUCGGCCAUGGAAUCGUCGCCUCGGCCAAGACUGUAUCACUCGACGGCGGUUUUGUUACCGGACGGGAGGGUUUUGAUCGGCGGUAGCAAUCCUCACGUGUACUAUAAUUUUACGGGAGUAAAGUAUCCGACGGAUUUAAGCCUGGAGUCGUUUUCGCCGCCGUACUUGUCGGUAGAGUACAGGCUGAUACGGCCGAGAAUUGUGGUGGCGAGUGAGAGUGUAGGGUACGGGGAAAUAGUGACUGUGAUUUUCACGGUGGGGGAAUAUACGACAGUGGAUUCGUUGUCGUUUAUGAUGAUAGCGCCGUCGUUUAAUACGCACUCGUUUGGAAUGAAUCAGAGGAUGGUGGUGAUGAGGGUGGUGAGCGUGGAGAGGAUUACGGCGUACGCUUAUAAUGCAAGCGUGGUGGGUCCUUCGACGGCGGAGAUUGCUCCGCCGGGAUAUUAUAUGCUGUUUGUGGUGCAUUCUCAUAUACCUAGUCACAGUACGUGGCUCAAGUUGCAGUGACAAUAUUGAUACACACUUUAUAUUUUUAUAUGUACUCAUGUCAUGUUUUGAU